GUCAAUUUUGGCUGCUCAGACUUGCUCCGGCCUUCGCUGUCCGCGCCCAGUGACGUGCGUGCGGACCCGAGCCCUAAUCUGCACCCCGCAGACUCGCCCCCGCCCCAUACCGGCGUUGCAGUCACCGCCCGUUGCGCGCCACCCCCAUGCCCGCCGGUCGCCCGGGCCCCGCCGCCCAAUCCGCGCGGCGGCCGCCGCGGCCGCUGUCCUCGCUGUGGUCGCCUCUGUUGCUCUGUGUCCUCGGGGUGCCUCGGGGCGGAUCGGGAGCCCACACAGCUGUGAUCAGCCCCCAGGACCCCACUCUUCUCAUCGGCUCCUCCCUGCAAGCUACCUGCUCGAUACAUGGAGACACACCUGGAGCCACUGCUGAGGGUCUCUACUGGACCCUCAAUGGUCGCCGCCUGCCCUCUGAGCUGUCCCGCCUCCUUAACACCUCCACCCUGGCCCUGGCCCUGGCUAACCUUAAUGGGUCUAGGCAGCAGUCAGGGGACAAUCUGGUGUGUCACGCCCGGGAUGGCAGCAUUCUGGCUGGCUCCUGCCUCUAUGUUGGCCUCCCCCCUGAGAAGCCCUUCAACAUCAGCUGCUGGUCCCGGAAUAUGAAGGACCUCACUUGCCGCUGGACACCGGGUACACAUGGGGAGACAUUCUUACACACCAACUACUCCCUCAAAUACAAGCUGAGGUGGUAUGGUCAGGACAACACGUGUGAGGAAUAUCACACUGUGGGCCUUCACUCAUGCCGUAUUCCCAAAGACUUGGCCCUCUUCACGCCCUAUGAGAUCUGGGUGGAAGCCACCAAUCGCCUGGGCUCAGCGAGAUCUGAUGUCCUCACACUGGAUGUCCUGGACGUGGUGACCACGGACCCCCCACCCGACGUGCACGUGAGCCGCGUUGGGGGCCUGGAAGACCAGCUGAGUGUGCGCUGGGUCUCACCACCAGCUCUCAAGGAUUUCCUCUUCCAAGCCAAGUACCAGAUCCGAUACCGCGUGGAGGACAGCGUGGACUGGAAGGUGGUGGAUGACGUCAGCAACCAGACCUCCUGCCGUCUGGCGGGCCUGAAGCCCGGCACCGUAUACUUCGUCCAAGUGCGUUGUAACCCAUUCGGGAUCUAUGGUUCGAAAAAGGCGGGAAUCUGGAGCGAGUGGAGCCACCCCACCGCUGCCUCCACCCCUCGAAGUGAGCGCCCGGGCCCGGGCGGCGGGGUGUGCGAGCCGCGGGGCGGCGAGCCCAGCUCGGGCCCGGUGCGGCGCGAGCUCAAGCAGUUCCUUGGCUGGCUCAAGAAGCACGCGUACUGCUCGAACCUUAGCUUCCGCCUGUACGACCAGUGGCGUGCUUGGAUGCAGAAGUCACACAAGACCCGAAACCAGGACGAGGGGAUCCUGCCCUCGGGCAGACGGGGUGCGGCGAGAGGUCCUGCCGGCUAAACUCUAAGGAUAGGCCUGCUGGAUGCAGACCUGGAGGCUCUCGUGAACUGGAGCAGCUCUGUACCAUCACUUUGGGACAAGGAAGAAACAUACCAGGGGCUGGGGCACAAUGAGCUCCCACAAACAGUUUUGAUCCACGUGAUAGUCAACCUUGGAUGUACCCCAAAGUGGGUAGGGUUGGAGUAAUGACCUUAGUUAUGCAGGGCCCUUCCAGAGUCUCUUUAAAUAAAUGAAUUGUUCAGGUUC